AUGGUCUGGGACAAAUUCAACCGCUCCAAUGGUGGUGUUACCAUCGACUUCUACCCAAACACACUUGACAACAUCUUCUGGUCAAAGGAAGGAAUCAUCGCAGUUGGUGGCAGUGAUCGCGUACCACGUCUGAAGGCGAUUGCAUCGGAUGAGAGAAGAUGGGACAAGAUCAACCUCAAAACAAGUUUCUUCACCCUUGACGAUAUUCAACUCCAACUUCCAUUGAGCUGGAAGAAUUUCUCGAUUGGUGAAGAAAUGUCAGAAUCCUUUGUUCACGCUCUCGACUGGUCACCUCCGGGACUUGGCAAACACAAGCGAAGUGUUCUAGCCGUCCUGACUUCCAACCAUGUACUAUCCAUCUGGGAGUGCGUUGGAAAGCCAGAAAUUGCUAGUGAUUGGGUGAGAGCUUGCGUCAUCAACCACGCCCUUCAAGCACAUUACAAAGAAAAAGAUGUUCAGGAUCCGGAAGAAAGCGAACAUGAUCAUUUCGAAAGACUAAGAGCAAAGCAACGCAUCAGAGCAUUUGCGUGGAGUCCGGCAAUACCAGACUCUUCGCUGUCAGGCGCUUCUGGUGACUGUUCAACAAGAAGCCCAUAUCUUGCCGUUUCCAACGAUCGUGGAGAAGUUUUGAUCAUUGAGAUACAGACACCUCACGAUAUCUCAGAACCGGAUACGACACGUUGGGGUUUGUCUGUAGUGGCUUCAUUCGGUAUCGAUGUCCCCGACACCAAGAAAUCGCCCCUCAGCGCUUGCCUUCCAGUGACGUUCAAAUGGAGAAGCCCGUUUGUGGAUCAAUUGGCCUGGAGUCCAUGGGCUCUGGAUGCUAACAACAUGCCGACGUCAAUACUGACCUUUACAUCUCAGUCGUCUUUACAAUGUACGAGUGUAAAGAUUGAUGACGAAAAAUCCCCUACUGAUGUGACCGUUGGUUCUAUCGUUUCGCUGAUGGACGAGAUACCUGAUACCCACGCAGCCGGAUGCAUAAGAUGGGCUCCAAGGUUGAACAGUGCGAAGGAAGCAUUUCUUGUGUAUCCAACGCGAAGCUCGUUCUAUUGUCUGCAAGCUCAGCCAGGUCUUAAUCUUGAGUUCCACGUCUCUGCGCAAGAAAUCAACAAUCCUUGGGACGAGAUUGCUGGCAUGACUUACGUGCAAGACGACAAUGAGAAUAUCUCAGUGCAAAUUGCAUAUCAUCUCGGUUCAGGAACUGAUCGCAUCACCAGUCUGGCCUUACCUUUCACAGCAACUUCUGCUCUUGGCUCCACUAACUGGCAACAUGACUUGCUGAGAGGACAAAGACGCUUCAGUGAUGAGUGGAAUCUUGCAGGUAAUGUCAUGACUAGAGCUUAUGGUUUAUGUACCGCUCCAUUCGGCGAUCUGGUUGCUGUUAAUGUCAGCUUCCAUCCAAGCGAUGGAGUUGAGUACACAACAAACUCAGACGAGGUCUCCUAUCUCAUUACGAGCCAAUGCAAUGACGAUCUGCAAUUUGCUCUCGCCGGAUCUCCUUCGAAUGCAUAUGGUAAGUUCGCCUUUGUCUUCUACAUUUUCAAGAUACUGACAUUUGUCNNAGAAUUGACUGCCGAGGCUCUACUUUCCAGCUUACAAAGUCUUGCCGUGCGCGAGCCUGAAGCUCUUUCUGACGAAGACUCUGUUAUCGAGCAAAUCAUGCAUGCGCUCGACCUUGCAGAGCUGCCUUCAAUCAGCUCCAAUCAAGGACAAAUCACAGAAGACACCCCUGUUGAGCUUGUUGUGCGUCAAGUGAGGCAGAAUAUCUUGUUCAACCGCGACAGUGUCCGCAGCCGAGUGGCUCAGCUGCUGAAAUAUGUCAAGGCUGACAUACCCAAGACCCCGCCGCUCGACGCCACGGUAGUGCUCAAGAUUGUCACAGAAAUCUCGCGACUACCGCAUUUCGUCGCAGAUGCGAGCAUCUUGAGCAGUUCGAUCAUGCAGAUUCACUGCCUGAUUCUGGCGAAACUGCAAGCACGAGCUGGCAAUGCCGACGCCGACAUCUCGAACUCAGAGGAAGAAGAGAUUGAGAGGUGCGAGAUAUGUCAUAGUAACAUACCUUUUGAAAGUCUCCGAUGGGCGAAGUGUGUUAACAAUCAUCAAUAUCCUCGCUGCACUCUCUCCUUCCUCGCCAUCCAGACACCAGGCACUGCUAAGGCUUGCUCUAUAUGCAAUGCUCAGUAUAUCAAUGAGUUCAUGAUGUCGGGCUUCAAAGCCGAAGACAGCGAAACAAACACCAAUGUAGAAGCAGACGGAGAUGAGACUAUGCAAGGGACUACAGACAAGGAACCUCCAGUAUCUCUGGCACGCAUUCUUUUCGCGGCAUGUGAUAGAUGCGUCUGUUGCGGAGGCAAAUUUACCGGCUAA